UAUUUAUAGCAUUCCGCAUCCCCUUAAAUUAGGAACAAGAACGAAUCACCAAUUCCACCUGCUAUACAUCUGGGGAAAGAUCAAUUGAUAUAUAAUUGAACUAUAACUAAAUUUAGAAAUUAUAUAUAGAAAUAAUAUAAUAUUAUUUAGUAAUGCCACUUGAAGCAGAAUCAGCAACAAAUGCUGAGAAUCAUCAGUUUAAGAAAUUUCUAAAUAAGUUAUCGGGUCAACCUAGUUCGUACGCAAGAAAGCAAAAUUAUACGUUUGGUAAAACACUUGGAGCAGGAUCAUUUGGAAUUGUCAGAUAUGCAAGAGAUAAUAUUACUGAUGAAGAAGUUGCCGUUAAAAUCAUUUUAAAAAAAGCAUUAAAGGGUAAUGAACAAAUGGUAAUUGAAGAAUUAAAAUUAUUACAAGAAUUAAAUCAUCCUCAUAUAGUUGGAUUUAGAGAUUGGUUUGAAUCUAAGGAUAAAUUUUAUAUUGUAACUCAAUUAGCUACAGGAGGAGAAUUAUUUGAUAGGAUUGUUAAUAAAGGUAGAUUUACUGAACAUGAUGCAUCAUUAGUUAUAGUUGAAAUGUUAGAAGCUAUAGUUUAUUUACAUGGAAAAGAUAUUGUUCAUCGAGAUUUAAAACCUGAAAAUGUAUUAUAUUUAAAUCCUAGUGAAGAUGCUGAUAUUGUUAUUGCUGAUUUUGGUAUUGCUAAAAGACUUCAAACUCCUAAUGAAAAAUUAACAUCAUCAGCUGGUUCAUUUGGUUAUGCAGCUCCUGAAGUUAUAAUUGGUAGUGGUCAUGGUAAACCUUGUGAUAUUUGGUCUUUAGGUGUUAUAACAUAUACUUUAUUAUGUGGAUAUUCACCAUUUAGAUCAGAAAAUGUUCAAGAUUUUGUUCGUGAAGUUGAACAUAAUAAUGCGGUUAUUUUUCAUGCUGAUUAUUGGAAAGAUGUUUCAAAAGAUGCUCGUAGAUUUAUUAUCAAAGCUUUACAAUUUGAUCCUAAUAAUAGACCUACAGCUCAACAGUUAUUACAAGAUCCUUGGUUAGUAUCUGUUGCAGCUGAUCAUAAAGAAACAGAUUUAUUACCUAAAUUGAAACAAGGAUUUGAUGCAAAGGCUAAAUUUAGACAAGCAAUUAUGAUGGUUAAAUUAAAUAACAGAAUUAAGAAAUUGAAAGCUAUUCAAACUGAACUUGAUGAUGAUCCAAGUGAAAUUAAUCUUUUUGGAGAUUCUGGUUCAUUAAUUUCAGAAGUUGGAACAUCAACACCAACUUCAGCUCAUGCAAAUCCUUUAUAUUCAUGGAAGAAAUUAUCUGAUGUACUUUCUAAUCUUGAAGCAGAAAAUUCUAAAGCAUCUUUAUCACCAUUAAAAUCUCCAUAUUUUAAAGAUAUUAAUGGUAAAGCUAGUACUAAACAAAAAUUACAAGGAGAUGCAUUUAUUCAAUUAGUUCAAACUGCUUCAGAAAAUAGAGAACGAGUUGAAAGUUAUAGGGAAUCUGGUGAUGAAGCUGAUAAGAAAACUAAGGAAGCUACUGAAGAAAAGAAAUCAAAUGUAUAAAUUUAUUUCUCUAGAAUACAUUUAAACCAUUAAUUUAUUUAUAGCACUACAAUAACAAUAACAUUUGACUUUAUAUAACUUGUCACUAAUUAUUAAUUACUGAUCACUAGUCGACUAGUGAGUACAUAACUUAUUUGCAACUAAAUGGUCGCGAUUCCUCCCUCACCAGAAAAAAUGCCGACCGACUUCGAUACAGGUAAUUAACGAGGAGUGUGGAAUUUUUUUUUCACUAUCAGCACAAAGG